AUGCGGCUGGACACAUCUGUGGUUGUUUUGGUCACUUUCGCCUACAUCUUGUGCCUCUGCGGAUCACUACAUGGAGAAAUUUGCCCCAGCACAGACAUCCGCAACAUCGCCACCAACCUGCGGGUUUUGGAGAACUGCACUGUAAUCGAAGGCCACCUGAAGAUCCUGCUCAUGUUCAAGACCACGCAGGAGGAUUUCAGGGGCUUGAGCUUUCCGAAACUGGUCAUGGUCACCGACUAUCUGCUCAUCUUCCGCGUCUAUGGCCUGGAGAGCCUUGGCAGCCUCUUUCCAAACCUCACUGUCAUCCGCGGCAGCAACCUGUUUUUCAACUACGCCCUAGUCAUGUUCGAGAUGAUCCAGAUGAAGGAAAUCGGCCUCCACAGUUUGACCAACAUCACGCGGGGAGCGGUGCGCAUCGAGAAGAACCCAAACCUGUGCUAUUUGUCCACUCUGGACUGGUCCAAGAUCUUGGAUUCGGUGGAGGACAAUUAUAUCGUAGCAAACAAGGACGAUUUGGAGUGUGGAAACAUCUGUCCAGGCACCAUCGCGGGGACGAUAUCCUGCAAACAGACCACCAUAAACGGAAAUUUUGGAGAGCGAUGCUGGAACCAGAAUCAUUGCCAGAGAAUUUGUCCUUCUGAAUGUGUCCACGGAGCCUGUACGUCCCAUAAGGAGUGCUGUCACGAGCAGUGUCUGGGUGGCUGCUCUGUGCCGGGGAACUCCACCAAAUGCGUGGCCUGCCGCAACUUCCUGUACGGCGAGGCGUGCGUGGACCGCUGUCCGCCAGGAUACUACACCUUUAAGAGCUGGCGCUGCGUGUCCCUUCAGUUCUGCCAGGACCUGCACAACCAGUGUAAGGACAAGAGCGGAGACUGUCACGCAUACGUCAUCCACAACGGGGCCUGCAUCCCAGAAUGCCCGUCCGGAUACACCACCGUCAACUCCACCUCGUUGACCUGCAUGCCCUGCACCGGUCGGUGUCCUAAAGUGUGUACAGGAGUGCAGACGGUGGACUCGGUCACGGCCGCUCAGGCGCUGCGGGGAUGCACAGUGCUCAACGGCAGCCUCAUCAUUAAGAUCAGCGGAGGAAACAGCAUCGCCGCGGAGCUGGAGUCCAGUCUGGGUCAGCUGGAGGAGAUCACAGGAUAUCUGACCAUCCGAAGGGCCUAUGCUCUCGUCUCACUCUCCUUCCUCCGCAAGCUGCAUCUCAUUCGUGGAGAAACGCUGGACGGCGGAAACUAUUCGUUCCACGCGAUGGACAACCAGAACCUGCGCCAGCUGUGGGACUGGAACAAACACAACCUCACCAUCCUCAAAGGCCGAAUGAAGUUCAUCCAAAACGGCAAACUCUGCAAGUCUGAGAUCCUGCGCAUGGAACAAGCCACCGGCACCAAGAACAGGAUGAACGACAUCAGCAAUGAGAAAGACCAGUCCUACUGUGAAAGUCACAUACUCAAAUUUACACAAAUCCGCACCAUGAGCGACAAGAUCCUCAUCCGAUGGGAGUCCUUCUGGCCCUCGGACUUCAGAGACCUGCUGGGAUUCAUGGUGCUCUACAAGGAAGCUCCUCACAGGAACGUGACUGAAUACGACGGGCAGGACGCGUGUGGCUCUAACAGCUGGGCCAUUGCAGACGUAGAGCCGCCGCAGAGACCUAGUGAAGGUAAAGAGGUGGAGCCGGGGUACCUGAUCAUGCCUCUCAAGCCCUGGACUCAAUACGCCGUCAUGGUGAAAGCCCAGCUCGCAGCCUCAGAAGACCAUCAGGUCAGAGGAGCCAAGACCGAGAUCAUCUACGUCAGGACCAACGCCACACGGCCUUCAGUGCCGCUGGAUCCUCACUCCUGGUCAAACUCGUCCUCUCAGAUCAUCCUCAAGUGGAAACCGCCGUCAGACCCCAAUGGAAACAUCACACACUACAUCAUCUACUGCCAGAAGCAGAGCGAGGACAUCACACACUACAAGUUUGACUACUGCCAGCAAGGUAUGAAAGUGCCGUCCCACACGCCGACGCACCACGACGUCGAGGAGGACCAGAAGCUUAACCAGACGGAGGUUCCAGACCAGAAGGGGCACUGCUGCGCCUGUCCCAAAACCGAAAUGCAGCUCAAGAAAGAGGCAGAGGAAACUGAGUUUCGCAAGACCUUCGAGAACUACCUGCACAAUGAAGUGUUCGAGCCCAGGCCCCACCGUCGGCGUCGCUCAGUUGGCGUAGCCAAUGCAACGUUGCCAAAUUUUGGAACCACACCAACUAUAAUACCCAACUUUCCAACCACUUCAAUCCCAGAGGAAGAAAAGAGCCGGAAGAUGGUGUUCAAAGCCAGCUCCAAAGAGGCCAUGGUCAUCUCCAACCUGCUCCACUUCACCAGCUACCAGAUUGAGAUCCACGCUUGCAACGACCCCACAGACCCGGGCCGCUGCAGCAUGCCAACAUACGUCAAAGCCCGCACACUCCCUGAACUGAAAGCUGAUGUCAUUGCCGAGCCAGUGACUCACGAAUUUUUUCCUGACGAGCCGGAUGUUGUUUACAUCAGAUGGAAAGAGCCCAAAACUCCUAACGGCAUGAUCAUACUGUAUGAAGUCAAGUAUCUACGGAUGUCUGAUAACUACGAGGAUCAAAUCUGCGUGUCCAGAAUUUCCUAUGAGAAAAACCAUGGCUAUCGAUUAAGAGUAGGGCAUCCUGGGAAUUACAGUGUGCGAGUUCGUGCCACCUCGCUGGCUGGCAAUGGUUCUUGGACUGAUCCUGCAUACUUUUAUGUUCAAGACAGGGAAAUGAGCAUGAAAAUCGUUAUCAUCCUAGCCAUCUGCAUUUUCUUACUGGUGAUUCUGGCCAGCGUAGGCUACUUUGUCUUGAAGAAGAAACAAACUGAAGGACCAACUGGCCCACUGAUUGCUUCCUCCAACCCAGAAUAUAUAAGUGCAAAUGAUGUGUACAUCCCUGACGAAUGGGAAGUUCCUCGUGAGAAGAUCACUGUCAUGAGAGAGCUUGGGCAGGGAUCAUUUGGGAUGGUGUAUGAAGGCAUUGCUAAAGACAUCAUAAAGGGUGAACCGGACACUCGAGUUGCUGUGAAAACUGUAAAUGAGUCGGCGAGUCUGCGCGAGAGGAUUGAGUUCCUUAAUGAGGCUUCAGUCAUGAAAGCCUUUAGCUGCCACCAUGUGGUGCGUUUGCUUGGUGUGGUAUCCAAGGGACAGCCGACAUUGGUUGUCAUGGAACUAAUGACGCACGGAGAUCUGAAAAGCUACCUGCGUAGCCUGAGGCCUGAUGCGGAAAAUAACCCAGGCAGUCCACCGCCAACCCUAAAGGAGAUGAUCCAAAUGUCAGCUGAGAUAGCAGAUGGGAUGGCAUAUCUCAAUGCUAAGAAGUUUGUCCACAGAGAUCUCGCUGCAAGAAACUGCAUGGUGGCUGAAGAUUACACCGUCAAAAUUGGAGAUUUUGGCAUGACGCGAGACAUUUACGAGACUGAUUACUAUCGCAAGGGCGGGAAAGGCCUUCUGCCUGUCAGAUGGAUGGCACCAGAGUCGUUGAAAGAUGGUGUAUUCACUGCUCACUCAGACUGCUGGUCUUUCGGAGUGGUGUUAUGGGAGAUCAGCACACUUGCUGAGCAGCCGUACCAGGGACUGUCCAAUGAGCAGGUGCUCAAGUUCGUCAUGGACGGAGGAUACCUGGAUAGACCGGAGAACUGUCCGGAGAGAAUGCACAACCUCAUGCAGAUGUGUUGGCAGUACAACCCGAAGAUGCGGCCAACCUUCCACGAGAUCAUCGAGAUGAUCAAGGAGGACCUGCAUCCUACUUUUCAAGAGGUCUCGUUCUUCUACAGCGAGGAGAACAAAGCGCCUGAGAGCGAGGAGUUUGACAUGGACUUCGAGAACAUGGAGAGCAUACCACUGGACCCCUCAUCCUAUUCCCAACGCGAGGAGAGCCACAGUAGAGACAACGGCCCCUCAGUGGGCCUACGGGGCAAUUACGAGGAGCAUGUGCCCUACACACAUAUGAACGGUGGAAAGAAAAAUGGCCGAAUUCUGUCUUUACCCAGAUCUAGUCCGUCCUAA